UUUUAAGAAACUCAAAGAUGUCAAAAGAAGCUAAAAAUCUUAUAAAAAGUUGAAUUAACAGUCUAAGUACACAGCAGAACAAGCGCCAGAAAAUUUCUGUCGGAAAACUGGACGAUCUUUGUCAGCUCAAGAGAGUUGCAACGAACUGUUUACUAAAAGGAUUACACUGUAAUACAUGCCUGGUAUACUUUCAUGAUAUUAUUAGCAUAGACAACAAUUUCAAGGAACAUCCAAAAAAUAUGGAAGAUGUUUUUCUCCGAUUACGAGGAGCAGCUUUAAAACUAUACUUAGAACAAAGUAUUUUCUUCGGGAAAGUAGUAAAGGCCGCAAAGUUUCAACUGACGGGGUGCAAACUCGUGCCUGACAUAAGGUAAAUAGCACGGCAAAUCAGCUUUAGCCUUUUGACAGCAAGGUACUAAUCAGCCUUGGGUUGAGCUCGCUGAGUUUCACGUUUGACGCUAAUAAAAACAAAAAUAGAACAGGGAUUUUUUUACUCUGCUCCGACGAUGAUGCUCGUUUGUGAUUCUGCAAUCAACGUCGAUCACACUGUGCGAAAGUGAUAGGAAAAGAAUAGGAAAGUGAAAAGGAGCGAGAUCAUUCCAGGUGAUAAUAGUUACCGCUGACGGCGGUAAAUUCAGUUUACUACGUCAAUCGAGGAGAGUGUUCCAAUUGCGCUACAGCAAAGCGGGGAAACGGGUACAAGCGAAGGUGGUGACCCUUUUUCGUAAACAAAUUUCUUGUCAUGUACACACUAGCGACGUCUGAGCGCACUCGCACAAUAAUAGGUAUUAAAAUACCACAUUACAAGUUGCGAGAUACACUCUCGCUUUCAAGUGAGUCCAUUCAAGUGAAAGCUGAAUGGCUCACGUUUUGCGUGGCUAUGACCAACGUUGGUUAUAAGAAAAAACGGCUGUAAAACGGAAACACAAUAACAUCCACAGCAGAUCGGCUUACUUACGGAUAGCCAAACUAAAACGAAAAAUUUUAAAUGUGUAGAUUUUAAAUGGAAAAAAAAACUAAUAUUGGACUAUACAAUGAUUUCUUUGUAAAACGGUUUGCAACAAAGUUUUUUUUUAGAAUGUAACAACUUUACUCUGGCGGUUUUAUUGCUCAAGUAUCAUGAAAUUCAUACUUAUAUUUGUCCGUCAUCAUUGCUGUCGCUUUGUAUCGAAUUUCGUACUUUAAAGCAAAAAUGACAGCAGAAUUCCCCAAUCACAAUCUCGUGUUAAAACGGGAUAGUUACUUAAUGAAAAUCGCGAGUUGAAGCGUCAAAAAGAAGAAUACAUACCUCUUUCCACGGUAUAAACAAAAAGAAUAUAUUGGCAAAACGGGAAAAAUUUAAUAUACAUUAUUAAUAUAUAAUUUUAAUAUAACAGUUAAUAUAUAAUUUUAAAUGUGCGUUGAUCAUAGAAGGGGUUACCAAAGAUGCAGCCAGGAGCUAGUAAUUUAUUAUUUGCCCGGUGUCAAAAAUUAUCCACAUAUUAAAAUAAUAAAUUAAGUUCGACAUAUCAAAAGCAAAUUGAAAAUUUAUGGGAAGAAUUGUCUGCAAAUUUAAACGGUAUGACUGAGCUUACCGGAAGUUCAUAGAAAUGGAAAGAAGAAAACUGCAAUUGCAACUAUCAACUUUUUCAACCUUAUCUCUGCCGAACUCUUCAGUCAUUUAUAAAGCUUCAGCAGUUAUUAGCUCAGAACAUGUUUUUGGUAAAACAUAUUCUGCAAAAAACUCUGUGAACGUAAUCGAAGCUACGUAUAUACCUCAAGAUCUGUCUAUAUCACAUCCUUUUGACGAAGCCCGACACAAUUUAGCCACUCGAAUAAUGUCGAACGGUGUGGAAGUGAUAAUAGCGAGCGAUAAAAACAAAUUAGAUGAAGGCAAUUCAUUAGAAACCAAUCCACUAAAUCAAAGUUCAAACGUUACACAAAAGCCGAUGACAUUGCCGCCCAGCACCAUAAAGAAUCAAAUGAUAAUAAUGUUACUGUCAUCAAGCUCGACUGUUCAACAAAACUUCUCUUCCAAGCUACAGGCCAAAACGACGAAGUUCACUUUACUGCCAGAUGCAGAUCACUUUUUUACAAAGACUUGCAUUACUACUUAUACUUACCGUAUAACAUAUCUCCGAAAUAGUGGAACCAUUGUGGAAAGUAAAGAAAAGAUAAUCUCGAACGUUGCCACUGAGAACAGGCAUUAUCCUGAAAUCACAUAUGGCCAAUCCAUGGGAAUGACAUUGACACGUACACCAGAUUUGGCAGUUGGCGCUUUUGCUACGACUUACUCGUACUACAAUACUAUCAUCGAUUAUAAUAAUAACCCAGUAAUUAUAACAUCGGCCCAUACAGUGAUCAACACUAUAACGGGACCUGAUGACUACAUAGCGUACUUGCAGCCCAUAGAGUCCGCCACGCCGGUAUUAGAGACGAAUACCUAUUAUACUAAAAUUUUACUGACUAAUAAAAAUGACACCGGUGCUAUUUUACACACAAUGUCAAAUAUAUUAACGCAAGUCAUAAUCACCAGAUCGUUACCGCCGGCGCAUAUUACGUCAGUUUUGACAUCUUAUUAUUAUAUGACCGGAGAUGAUGUGAUAAGAAACGUAAGUAAAUAUCUUGAAAGCCACCAUAGCUUCUCGUUAUCUGAAAUGCAACUUGCGACUUUGUCCCCUCAAUCAGAGGAAUCAGGAAUAGACAAUAUACAAUUUUACACCACUUCAAUAUAUAUUGAAGCAUACCAGACGCAUGGCGCAGAGAAUAUUGUUACAAAAAGGAUUCCACAUACGCUGAUACAUUCUGACCUAAUGUCUAAAGUGCGCAGCGACUUACAUAAAAAAAAUAAUAAAAGAGGCGUCUUAGUAGCGAUGGCAACUUUAGAAAAUGGAGAAAUACUAAAAAUAACAGCUGUUGACAUUAUGAAGAAUUCCGUUCCAUCUUAUGCAGCUUCUGUCAUACCACAAGCCAUUAUAACCGCCAACAGUUCCAGUGAUACAGUACAUAAGAAUGUGUCUAAUAAACACGAUCCCACGGUGAACAAUCCACAUCCUAAUAAAUAUGCCAACGAUACUAAGUAUAUACAGAUAAAUCAGAAACAAAACAAAACACAGUUGAAAAUACUUAAGCAAAAGGAGCCAAAAACACCUGAACAGUUGCCCACAAAUCAACUUAUUCAACGCUUGACUGUUCUUAAACCUAUGUUCAAUGUUGUUGCUGGUUUAUUUCAAAACAAUUUUGGUAUUCCAAAUCGAACGCAGCCAGUAAAGCUAAUCCAAAACAUAUAUGUUCCGCAAAAAAAGCUUUCUAAUGACAAAAAGACUGGACAAAUGCUAAAUCGAACCUCGCACCCUCUCUAUAUACCAAUUUUAAGUCUACAAAACGCUGAAAUUAAGGCCAAGAUAGAAAACUCCAUUGAUCAAAUACCACAGAGUUUACGUAGAAAACCAGUUGCCCCAAAUCCACAAUCUUCGCAAUUUAAUAAUAAUAAUAAUUGGUUAAUAUCGCUUCUGUCAGAGAAGAAGAGGCUUGCAUCUUCUAGCACUAAACUACAGACACCAAUGCAAAAUGGAGGCAUCCCCAUACGUCCUGGAGAAGUUAUAACUGCUAAUUCUGAUGUCAUUGUUGGCAAGCCUAAUGGAAUUGUCCGACAAAUACCUUUAAAUCACUUAAUAAACUCUCAUAAUAUAGUACACAAGCAAUACAAAGGUACACUUCUAAAGAGCCCUCUUUUAAAAACUUCUUACGCAGACAGAAGCACUAAUUUGGGAACUGAAGCUAUUCUCCCACUGAUCCCGACAAAUGAGAUAUUGAAUACAAAAAAUUUCAAAAACACCUCGGCAAUAUUAUAUAAGCAACAAAAGCGAGUUGGAAAUUUUGAUAACAAUAUACUUAGACCGCCACCUCUUUCGUCCAUAGUGACUCAACCUCUUUUUUCACUACCACUAGCCCCAACACCAAAGAUCUUAAUAAAAGCAAAUAACUAUUCUGGUACCAGUCUGUUUAAAAACACUUUUGUUCAAAAUAAUGUGUUUAAUCUGCCACUUAUGUCGAACGCAUCUACCAAAAAUGGACUGUCGGUAACAACAAUCAAAAAGAACAAGUAUUCCACAGUCAAACCUUGGGGAAGAAUCCAAAGCCUUCAAACGAAAUUUUUAAAACCACCGAAUAUAUUGAAAAAUACGCAACAGAUAAGCCUGGAUCAAAAUGUUUUAAGCCACAAUGUCAAUGUUCACGUGCCACCUUUGACAUUCAAUUGGGAUCACGAUUAUCCUCAGAGGGCGUCGUUCAUUAAUGGUCAAAUAGUGGAAAGGCAAUACCAUCACCAGCUAUCCGUUACCACGCCGUCUAAGAAAGUUUAUAUGCCGCUAGUAAAGAUCCCGAACGACAGGCAAGAAAUGCAGAUUGAUUUAACACCUCUAAAAAUUUUAGGAACAAUAGCGCCAUCAGUAGGCAUACCACCGCAGAUUGAGGCUGGCAAUUCUUCUAGAUACAUACCAUUACCAACCCCAACCACAUCUCUAGGAAACUCUAACUUUCGAUCCAACGAAACAGACUCACACGUUUGGCAAGCUGAACCGAUGUAUUUUAUAAAUGCAAACAAUGAAAUACCACUAGGCCAGAGAAUGUCAGAUAUAUUGUUAGGCCAAAACCUCUUAAAUAAUCAACUAAAUUUACAAAGCGAAUGGUUCAAACAAUUUAAGAAAAAUUUUACGGUAGGAAAUAAUAAUGUAAUGGAAGACCCUGAGGAUAUUUUAUAUCAACAUAAAAGCAACCACUUUCAAGAAAAGUUAAAUCGAGAAGGUAAUUACGCAGAUGAUGAAUUUAAAUCACAAAAAGAAUACCACCAAUGGCUGCGAACAGCAUCAACUACAAGUGGAGAGCAAUCAACCACUUUGGAAGCAAACAGUGUAGACAUGGAGAUUCCCUUAGUGCUUGAAAACGCAGAUCCACAUCAAUGGGUAAAAGAAAACGAUGAACCAUCAUCUAAAAAUCAACAAACGCACAUACGAAACUUGUCAACUAGACAAGAGAUUAAACACGUGAUUGAACCCCUUCUUUCAACAAUAGACAACCGUUCAACAAUCGCUAUGUCAUAUUACCCAGUAUUGUUCUCAAAACCAAAGGGAGUGUUUCUGUCAGGGCCGAGACAAGAAAUUAACCUUCAAUCGAAAAAAACGGGUCCGAUUACUAAAUGGUUUAUACAUCAGAAAAUUGGUGACGUUUCUAAGUCCGACAGGUUAGAUAAUGGUGAACCACCCGAAAAUCCACUCAAUAAUACAGUGAAACGAGAAUCUCUGUGGGAGACUGGCCCACAAUUAUUUCAAAUGAAACAAACCUUAAAAGGUCUUGUUAUUGGAAAUUGGUCCAUCAGCAAAACUAACGCAAAAUAUAAUAAUAAUUCAACGUCUUCUAUUCAAAAAACCAAAAACGAUAUUGAUGAAUACGAUUUAUCACGGUCAUCAACGUCUUACUUUUAUUCACAUAAUUUAAAGUUAUUGCCCAACAUUUAUAGCUUAAAUCCGACAUUUCCAGCAUCAACAGAAAAUCUGGCCUCGUUUGCUAGGAAGACAUUUAUUCCACGUAAACGUUAUUCCACCCUCCAAAAAGAGUCGAUAUCAAGCAUAACACCAGAACUAGCGUCUACACCACUAACAUACUUUAAGAUUACUCCAACAAUGCAUGUUUUAAAUAAAAAAUUCGAUCUUGUUUCUCAAUUUUCGCGUAGCUUAAUAACCAGUGAGAGCAGUAAGAACAAGCUGGUAUAUGUAGAGCAAUUAAAGUCUAACAGCAAAAUCAUAAGUUCAAAACUAAAUGCGAUCAAAUUGCUGCACUCCUUGGAAUCUUCCGAAACCUACCUUCCGGCAAGUCUCACAACGUCAUUCUGGAUUACAACGAUUACGACUACUACCGCCACCGCACUUAAGACCGUCGAGACGGCUGCAAAAUUCAUGGGAAAUACAACGUAUUCCACGGAAGCAGCCACUGCAACGGCGACUAUUAUUACUCCAACCGAAACUGUCAAGACAAUUGUUAGUGAAACCAGCUUUAAAAUUAAUACAAUCACAUCGCGGACACGAACGUUUAUGAACAAUAUAAAAAGUGCCUAUUCAAAAAUUUUGCAAUUUACCACAGUUACGACGGCGCAACUAACAACAAGUCGAACAUUGCAGAACCAGCCAAUCUUAAUAACUUCUUCACUUCGCGCGCUUGCGCCGCACUUCAGUUUAUUCCUAGAGUCAGUAACUAUUCAAGAAUAUGAAUAUCAGGAGCAAAAUGAUAAUGUGACCGAAGUUAACAACAUUCCUCAUCUUAAAAACCAUGCUCAGAUUACUUAUAAAAAAAAACCAUACCCUUCCGUAGAAAUUCUUGUGCCCGAUAGUUCUCUUGAAUUAGGUAAUUCCGUCAGCUUUAGAAAACAUCAGUGGACGUCAUCUACCGAUGAAGGGCCUGACAGCAUCUUUAUAGUUAUGACUAACGACAAGAAAAAUUCAAAGUUAACAUCUCAACAAGUGAAAGAUAUUAACACCGAUCUUAGACUUGGGAAUGAUAGUCGUAAUUCUAACAGUACUCUCUUAGAUUAUGAUUAUAAUUUAUCGUUUGAUUUACCAACAAACGAUGAAAACCUUUUUUUAAGCCGGAAUAUAAAAACAAACGCAACAUACAAUGUUAGUGCAGUUGUAAACAAUAUACGGGUAGGAGAUAUGUUUGUCCAGACGUCGCCUGAAUCUACAAUUGAAAAGUACACAUAUGAUUAUAAUUAUCCAUUUUCAUCGGAUUUUACGUCCCGGUUACAAUAUAAUAAAAAUGUGGUCGAAACCAAGUGUCAACCUGCGUGCAAGUCCACGCACAACGAAUAUUGCACUUUCAUUGACUACGAUUGGCGCUGUAGUUGCCGACCUGGGUUUGCUCGUAUAUUUCCGCAUCACUUCUGUAAACCCACCUUCACAUAUAUCUGCAGCAUACAAGCACUACGAAUAAGAAGUUACCCGGUAAAGCAAGAAAAAGAUUUUUUAAAUGAUACCACCGAUUAUUUCGAGCAGUUGGUGCAUACAUUGUAUGAUGCUUUUGAUCGUAUGGUCAUGCAAUCAGAUUUCCGGGAUGUGUGUAAUGGAAUUCAACUAGCAAAUUUUUCAGUAAAUAAAAUUCCCGAAAACAAAGAAACGACUUUAGCUUACGACAACCUUACGGUAAAUUUUUUGUUCCAGCUCUCUAAAAAUAGCAAUGAGAAACGUUUGCAGGAGGUUUUUAAAAAACAGUUGCGUUUAAGCAAUUACAGUAUUGGCGGCACAGAUCUAUACAUUAGCGGCGCAGAUUCACUGAUUAUAAUGGAUUUCGAUGAAUGCAACAACAAUAAAUUUCACGACUGCUCUUCAAAUGCACACUGCUUCAACCUUCAAGGCACCUACACUUGCAGUUGUCGUGAAGGCUUUAUCGAUCUCUCCAAAAAUAACGUACAUCCUGGACGUUUGUGUUCGGCAGAAAUAAUUGGUUGCGCUCAAUGUCAGUAUCAGGGUAAAUGUACUUUAAGCGGCUUAAAAUCAAAUAGCUACAUAUGCGAAUGUUUCCUAUGGUACACAGGAGCAAAAUGUGGCGUCAAUUUGAAAAUGUUUCUUAUAGGUUUUAUUGCUGCUGGAUCUUUUUUACUUAGUUUGCUAUUCUUUUCUGUGCUACUGACAUAUAUAAGACGCAAAAAAGUUUGUGGUGUAGAUCCUUCCAUUUUGACAUGCAUAACAAUACCGGAUCAUCCAGAUUUCAAUAGAGACAAAGAAUUUCAAUCGACGUCUCCGCACUGUGCCAGCAAAUACUAUAAUUCUUCAUCCAACUGCGUACGUAACGUUUCUGGUGCAUUGCCUACAGCAAAAUCUAAAAAAAAAGGCAUUAUAUUGGAAAAGUGCGCCAUAAUCAAAGAUUCCAGUAGCGAUUCAAGCGAUAACUCUGUGGUUUCUACUAUGAGAACCAAAGGAACUUUGGCAGAUACUAAGAAACUUUUAAAAUCAAACAUUGCUGGCCGUACUGGAAAGAGACUUAAUAACUUUACUACCACAGGCACUUUUUUAAACCAGCGAAAGCAACGGAACAUGCGCGUAUUACUGGAUUCAAGUGUUUUUAUGUCCGCCACGACGGCAUACAACAAUAAAAACUAUGCCGUAAGCGAUCAAAACUUUUCUAACUUAAGGUCUAAAUAUGAUUUCAGCGACCCAAAUGAGAGUUCUCAAAAUAAAAUUGGUGCUGAAAGUUUGCAUGACGGCCAUUACGGUGAAGAAUCUGAUCGCUCAUUAACUGUAAUGAUACCUAGAGCCAAAUAUUACCCUUCGGCUAUGCAGCAAAUAUUAUUGCAACAUCAGUUGGCUAUGGAGCGUAAUAACAACUUGCAAUGCGAGCGGGGCACUCAAAACGAAGAAGACAUAUUGUUUGAAAUAAAUAAAUGUACUAAUAUUGCGAAUUCGAGCGGUAAUAUAGGCUUAGAAGUUCAAAUAAUGCCGGGGGCUUUAGUUUCAGCCGGUUACGAGGUUUCAGCUAUUGUGAAAGAAAGCAAUUCAGCAUUUGCUUCGAACUAUCCAGAACAAAGUCCAAACUUAACGGCUUCAGAGGACUUGAGACAGGAACUAGCACGAUCGAUCAGGUGCGAUCGCGUAAAAUUUCAUUGCGCCACAAAGUAAGUGCAGUGCCAACCGCUAAUGUUAGUGCAUUUAGCUAAAAAAAGUAGUAACCACAAAAUUUUUUAUUGAAUUAAAUUCCUCUUACAAAUUUACAAACAAUAUGUGUGAAUGUUUCAAUUGAACUCAUCAGAACUGAUGUCAUAGUAAAAAUGUUGUUGUUCAAAUGCUU